CUUUCCCCCUACAGGCCUACUACACUCACUGCUCACCUACCUCUCUUUCUUUGCAUAGUGCGAGAUGCCUCCAUCUUUUGCUUCCUGUUCCUGUUCCUGGUCUCGAUUCCAGCCUGUCAUCGACUCAUCCCCGCCAAGUCUGCCAUGAUGUCGGAUUGAUCAGCUGCUUGCCAAGACAUCUCGAACUUCCCUCCCGUUCAUUGUCUUCCGCCAGUCUUCCUCCUCCUUCCCCGAGUCCCCCAACCUUCUCGUGGCAUGCCCUGUAUACCCAAUGUCACUCUCAGAGCGUGAUGAGGAUGGCAAGUCCCAAAAAUGCCACACUCUGCUGAAGCCUUUCCAUUUGUUGCCCAAGAAAGUUUUUAUACCGAAGAUAGCCUUUUCAUAUCUCACUCUUUUCCGACCCCUACAAGAUGUCCAAUCGCGCCUCAUCUUAUUUUGUGGGGUAGUGCUUGCCAUUGCAGCGGGUGCCCCCCUUCCUAUCAUUGGGGUCAUUUUUGCCCGAAUCAUCGACUCCUUCCCACCAACAGAGGAAGAAAUUCGUACCCGGGUUUACCAACUCCUGGUCGUUGCAAUUAUCUACUUCAUUAUCACGUGGGGAUGGGCCUUCUGCUGGGGCAUCGUGGGUGCUCGUGUAUCCAGAGGUCUCCGCACCCAAAUGGUUGAUAGAGCUCUGGGACUCGAUCAGACAUACUAUGAAACGAUAUGUCCAGAUAUUACCAGUCGCUUAACGGUGGAUGCCCAAACUGUCCAGUCUGGUACGGCUGAGAAAGUAGGGCUGUUCCUUCAGUCCAUCAGUUACUUUGUUGCAACAUUGAUUGUGGGAUUCAUCCUUAAUGCGCGUCUCACGGGCAUUCUGAUUUCAGGGGUGAUGCCUUCCAUGGCAUUGGUCGUCAUUACUGGCACUACUGUGUUGAACCGUUAUUCAAAGCAAGCAUCAGAAAGCACAACUACAGCUUCUUCCAUUGCUGAGGGUGCAAUUAAGGCAGUCCAGGUGGUUCAGGCAUUUGAUGCUUUCGAGCCCCUGACGGCUGAUCACCGGAACAAUCUGACAAAGGCCAUGAGCUUCGGCGUGAGAAAGUCCAUAGCCAGUGCUAUUAUGCUAGGUAGCGUCUUCUUUAUAGCAUUCUCCGCAAAUGCUCUAGCUUUCUUUGAAGGGUCCCAAAUUGUCAAACACCAAUCAUCUUCUGGGGGAGCGGGUACAGUGUAUGCAAUCGUUUUUCUCAUUCUUGAUGCCGCGUUCGUGAUUGGCGCAGCUGGCCCUUUCAUUCAAUCAUUCGCGCAGGCCGCGGACGCCGGCAAGAGGAUUUUCAGCCUCAUCGAUUAUCCCGACAUCCCAAUCGAUGUCUAUUCCGAGGAAGGAAUCCGCGCAGACGAAACAGUCUUCGAGCCAGGCAAAGAAAUUGUGCUCAAAGACGUGAGCUUUGCGUACCCUGCCCGCCCGCUAGAGACGGUUCUAGAUUCAGUCACCCUCAAAAUUCCCACUGGAUCAUCUGUGGGGAUUGUCGGUGCUUCUGGCAGUGGCAAGUCCACAAUCGCAGCUUUGCUACUCAGACUGUACGAUCCUUCCCAAGGCACCAUCACUAUUGAUGGCAAGGCAAUACCCGAUUAUAAUCUUUCGAGCUUGCGACGUCAUAUCGCACUCGUCGAUCAAGACCCCGCCAUUUUCUCCGGCACAAUUUACACAAAUAUCCGUGAUGGCUUCAAAGGCCCCCCUAUUCCUGAAGAGGAGAUGAGGGAAAAAUGUGUGAAGGCCGCAAAGGCAGCUGACGCAUGGUCAUUUAUUGAGUCACUCCCGGAAGGCUUGGACACCUGGCUUGGGGAGCCUUCUGGCACGAAGCUGUCAGGUGGACAGAAGCAGCGACUCUGUCUAGCGAGAGCCCUGGUGGGAGAUCCCUCCUUGUUAAUCCUGGACGAAGCGACGAGCGCUUUGGACACUAUCAGUGAAGCAUCUAUCCUCAGUGAACUCUCCAAGUCAAGGUCAUCUGGGAACAGAACCACUGUGAUGAUUGCGCAUCGACUUGCCUCUGUCAUGGAUGCAGACAACAUCGUUGUUAUGGGUAAAGGUCGUGUUCUAGAACAAGGGACCCACGCAUCUUUGAUGUCGGAUGUCAAUGGCUUUUAUCGAAAAUUGAUCGAAGUGCAAAGGUUUAGUUCGGAGGACACCUACGAAUCUGAACCUUAUGCGCUGGAGAAGAGUGAAAUGGUCAUCGAAGAGUCACUUGACCUGGAAGGAAAAUCAGUAGAGCCAAGCUCUCCCACCCUCGAAUCACCGAGUAAGCCUGCAUCUACAACUGCAUCUUUCAGCACUUUCACCAUCAUUAGACGCUGUCUCGCGCUCUCUAAGGCCCGACUUUUCUUUACUCUUCUCGCUUUGGUCGGAUCGCUCAUCACUGGAGGACUCAUCAUUGGCGAAUCAAUUAUUUUUGGACAUCUGGUGCAACUUCUCAAUGGAGCUGUUGUUUCUAACCGGGUCGACUUUUUCUGUCUCAUGUUCUUCGUCGUUUCUCUAGCCGCACUUGUCGGUUAUUCUAUCUCCGGGUCCUGUUUUGGCAUCGUAUCUGAGCAUCUCAUCUUUCGGACCCGCGAUAUAUCAUUAAGUACAAUCCUCCGUCAAGAUAUGGAUUGGUUCCUGCAACCAGGUCGGUCCACGGCUGCCCUUAUAUCUGUCAUCAGCAUGGACUCGGGUCACCUCAGUGGCCUGUCGGGGGUCAUAAUUGGCACAAUCGUAUCUGCACUUGUCUCUGUCGUCGGAGGCGCCAUUCUUGCACAUAUUAUAGCUUGGAAGAUAGCGAUCGUGCUCUUUGCUACGUCUCCCGUCGUCAUCCUGGCAGGAUUCUUCCGGCUCCAUGUUAUAGCCAAACUUGAGGAAAAGAAUCAGCAGGCAUACACCGAAGCAGCAACACUCGCAACUGAGGCCUGCAGUAAUAUUCGAACCAUUGCCGCACUAGGGACAGAGAGAGUAACCUCGAAGAGAUUUCAUCUUGCUGUUGAUAAGCAUCGCGAGCAAACCUUCAGGGACACAGCUCUUGGAAACCUACUAUUGGCGUUUGCUCUUGCCAUCACUUACUUUGUCUAUUGUUUGGCUUAUUGGUGGGGUGCAAAGCGAGUUCGAAAAGGCGAAUAUACCACGCAGGACUUCUUCACAGUGUUACCAGCCAUCCUCUUCUCUGCCCAGGCAGCUGGUCAGAUAUUCAGUCUGGCACCGGACAUUGGUCGGGCAAAGGGUGCGGCAGCCCGGGUCUUCGCACUGCACGAUCAAAAGCCCACCAUCGAUAUAGACCCGGCCGGGUCGGGUGCCGUGACAUCCCAGUCUUUGGACACUGAAGUCAAGGACAAGGACCCGUCUACCCCAGCGGGGAGCCUGACUUUCAAGAACGUUUGUCUGACAUACCAGUCUCGGCAAGGUGCACCGGUAUUUACGAACCUCAACCUCACGAUUAAAGCGGGAGAGACGAUAGCACUUGUUGGCCGCUCAGGCGCUGGAAAAUCUUCUCUGAUCUCGCUCAUCGAGCGCUUCUACGAUCCUACAUCUGGAGCGGUUCUCUUAGAUGGGGUCGAUAUCAAAUCCGUGCCAGUAUCACAACACCGAGCAAGGAUAAGUCUCGUUUCCCAAGACCCGGAUCUAUUUGCUGGCAGUGUAGCUUUCAACGUGGGUUUGGGAGCAAGACCAGGGCACACGGCAACACGAGAAGAAAUAAUUGAAGCAUGCAAAGCCGUUGGCAUUCAUGAAUUCGUCAGUGGAUUGCCAGAUGGGUACGAAACGCAAUGCGGAAUCAACGGCUCGCAGCUGUCAGGAGGGCAGAAGCAGCGCGUUGCCAUCGCGCGGGCUUACAUCCGGGACCCAGAGAUAUUGCUCCUUGAUGAGGCCACGUCGGCUCUAGAUUCGCACUCCGAGGCCCAGAUCAAGGAGGCCAUCGCGGCAGCGGCGCGCAAGAGGACGACCAUCAUGGUGGCGCACCGUCUGACGACGGUCCAAAACGCAGACCGCAUCCUAGUAUUCGACAAGGGGAAGAUUGUGGAGGAGGGCAGGCACGAGGAGCUGGCCAGGGGUGGAGGGAUCUACGAGCAGAUGAUCAGGGCGCAGAGCUUGGGAUAGGGGGGGAAGCAGAAAGGGUGGUAAUGCCAAGAGAUCCAGCAAUUGGGAUAGAAGGAAAAGGAGGAGACAGGCAGGCAGAGAGAGAGAGAGCGAGAGGGAACGCCAAGGGCACCUCGGGAAAGUCUCUCCGUCAUUUCAUCGUAUACACAAAAGGCGUACGUACAUAAACACAAGGGGGCAUACAAUUCCAUUAGUCAAGAAAACGAUUCAAUUCCCAACUUCCCUC